AUGUCAGCAGAUGAAUAUGGAUCAGAUAGUGGUAUACCAACAUUUAAAAUCAUUGUGAUUGGUGACGUUUCCGUUGGUAAAACAUCAUUUGUAUCAAGGUUUUGUGAAGGAGAAUUCAAGGAAAGUUAUCCAUCAUCAAUUGGUGUUGAUUUUAAAUCAAAGGAAGUUAGAACAAAUGAUAAUUCCAAUGUAAAAUUACAAAUUUGGGAUUUUAGUGCUGACAUUUCUUCUAGAUUCGUAACUGUUGCUAAACAUUUUUAUUCGGAAGCUCAUGCUAUUAUUAUUGUUUUUGAUAUUACUAAUAAGGAAUCUUUCCAAGAUUUAGAAUCUCACUGGUUAGGAGAAUUACAACAACAAACUUUGAGAGAAAAUCAUGUAAAGAUUUUAAUUGGUAACAAAUCAGAUUUGGUUGAGAGAAGAGCUGUUUCUGAUGCAACUUCACUCGCUAAGAAAUAUAAUUGUGAAUAUAUGGAAACAAGUGCCAAGAAAGGAGAUAAUAUUGACAAGGCAUUUUCUACACUUGCUCAAAAUAUUUACAAUGCUUGGAAGAAUGGAGGGUUCAAAGAAGAGGAAUGGGCUGAUGAAAAAGAUUCCAAGAAAAAGAAGUGUACUUUACAAUAA